GUGUUCAGUGUCAGUCUGGACGAUGCAGGACUGUCUGCUCAGGACACACAUGAUUCCGGUAAGGGAUGAAGAUGCUGAAUCUCAGAGGAAAGCCAAGUCACGGCAGGCCAGACAGACUCGGAGAGCUACACAGGGAGUUACCCUCUCAGAGCUGAUAGAGGCUAAGAAGACCUUCAGUCCAUCAAAACUGGAAACGCAACCAGGUGAAGUGUGCAGAUCUACAGAGAGACUGUGUGUUCAGAGAAGAGUUCAUGAGGACACCACAGACUCCAGUCCACCUAUGAAAACACUAGAACAGGCUGAGGAACUGCUUGAUGAGCAAGGAAACUGGAAACGAAGACCUGGACCCAAUCCUGAAAGGUCUUCCUUUUGCAUAUCUUCAGUAAAAGGAGCUUGUGGAUUCACUCCCAGUCUGAACAAUAACAGCAGCUUAAAAGAGUCUGAAUGGAUGGAUGAAAAUGACAACAUCCUUUAUGGUUGCUCUGGUGCAUCUCUUGCACAGAAGCUCAUUGAAGACAGUGACCUGCCUGUUUUCACUGAGCUCGCCACGUAUGUCAGUGGCCUUGAGAAGCAGAGAGGAGUUGACCUCGACGAUGGGGUUGACCAAGUCGACAGCAGCCUCUGGUGGGUUUAUAUAGAAAAGACCUGUCUGGCAGCUGAGUUUAGAGAAAUGAAGUUGUGA